AUGAGUGCUCAACCAGCCUUGAUCCUCCUGGUCCUUGCGGCCAUCUGCACCACCAUAAAUGCCAUUCCCACUAUCUCAGCCGUCGGUUCCAAGUUCUUCACGAGCGACGGCAACCAAUUCUUCAUCAAAGGUGUGGCCUACCAGCUCGUCGAAGAUGACCCUCUCGUGAACACCACCCAAUGCAAACUGGAUGCCGCGCUCAUGCAGCAGUUGGGCGCCAACACAAUUCGUGUGUACCACGUGGACGCCACUGCAGAUCAUUCAGGUUGCAUGAACGCUUUCGCUGAUGUUGGGAUCUAUCUGUUUGUGGAUAUGGACAGCUUCAAAACAUACAUCCGAUACGAAUCUGACUCGUCGUGGACCGCGAACAAAUCGGCGUCGUAUCGAGCUGUUAUGGACAACUUCCAACAAUACGACAACACCGCCGGCUUUUUCGUGGGCAACGAGGUGCUCAAUGUUUUGGCUGAUUCUGGAGCUGCCCCUUAUCUUCUCUCUGCCGCCGUCGACCUCAAGAGCUACCGAGACGCCAAAGGCUACCGCAAGAUUCCCAUCGGCUAUUCGGCGACAGACACUGCCGUGCUUCGACCUAUGCUUCAGGACUACUUGGUGUGCCGUCCUAACGUGACCGAACGCCUCGAUUUCUAUGCAUUGAACAGCUACGAAUGGUGCGGGUCGACUCCUGAUUUUCAAACUUCUGGAUACAUUGGGUUGCAAGCGCUUGCCGAGAAUUAUCCGGUCCCCAUCUUCUUUUCAGAGGAUGGUUGCAAUACCGUGCCACCACGAACAUUCGACGAUCAAGCUGCAAUCUUUGGUCCGCAGAUGGUUGACACCUGGUCUGGGGCCAUUAUCUACGAGUGGAUUCAGGAAAUGAACGCUUACGGACUCGUCUCAUAUGGUCCGCCGGUCGGACCAGACGUCAACGUGGGGUCGACCAUCGUGCAAGGAUUCACCCGUCAAGGAGUCCCGACUCCGGUGUCGCCGGACUUCAGUAACCUCCAACAACAAUGGAUGACGCUGAAUCCCACCGGCGUGAGUUCAGCUCAGUACGCGGCGACGGUCAAGACCACUCCACCGACUUGCCCAAGUUCUACCGCCGGAGGAUGGACAGUGGACCCUAGCGCGCCUCUCCCCACGAUCGGAGUUGGAGCCGUUUCAGCAGGUAUGCCAAGCGGCGUGCCGAAGGGCAGCAUUACAGUGGCCUCUUCUGCCGCCGGGACCCCUUCUCCUUCUACUUUGCUUUCUGUUCUCACUUCUUCCACGUUGCUGUCCGCGUCGACUUCGCAGACCAGUAGUACUUACAGCUCGACAGUCACCCCGUCGAUCAGCUCGAAGGCCAGCAGCACUACAUCCGGGGGCGCCAGCUCGGCGACCUCAGAAGGAGCUGCUGGCAGAACCGUUUCCGGACCUCCAUCGUCCAAGGAUGCUGGGAUUAUCGGCAUGGCACUUGCGUUGGUGACCGUGGGCGCCGGUGUGAUGGUAUGGCUGUGA